AUGAGGGAUCGGUUAGCCGAACUGCAGCAGAAGUCGAAAAAUUUGACACUUUCUGAACAUCAUGAAAGACUGUUGGAGGAAGCUUACCGUGAUUCAGCGGAAGAGCCGUUGUUAUUUUCAACAGAUCAUUGGAACAAUGUGGAAACAUUCCUCUCCCGUGUAAAUGGUAUCUUAAAUGAAUUACGGGAGAUGGAAUCGUUACUUGGAGAAAUAAAAAUUAAGCACUCACAAAUUUUGAUUGAGCCUGGAGUUCACCCAAAGUUUACCCAGGACUUGAAUGCAGCCACUGAAGCCUUCAAAGUGAAGUCUUAUUCAACACAAGCUGCAGUUAGACAAAUGAAUGAGGAGGUUGACAAGUUAAAAAAAGAUCCGAACUCUGAUGCUGUGGAAGGGGUGGACGCUCGCAUCAAGAGGGAUCAGGUUAUGGCAUUAACAAGGAAAUUUCAAAACGUUCUCCUCUCCUUCAAUGAUGAGCAGUUGACGUACAAAGAAAAGUGCAAACAAAAGAUCUCGUCAUACCUUGCUUUAUCAGGGCAAAAAAUUUCAAAUGAAGACAUUGAUAAAGCCAUUGAAGAUGGACAGUUAUUCGAUUACACCAAAGGAGUAUGUUCACUUAUUCUUGCUCAACGUGACAAGAAAGCUUUAUACGAUGAGGUGAAAAGUCGGCAUGAUGAUAUUCUUCGUUUAGAGGCAAGCAUAAUGGAAUUGCAUGACUUGUUCCAAGAUAUGUCUUUACUGCUUGAAAGCCAGGGUGAAAUGUUGAAUCACAUAGAAAGGAAUGUUGAAAGCGCCGCAGAUUGCGCAACCAAGGCGUUCACUAACGUAAAGCAAGCGAGACAUUUACAAAAAAGUAAACGUAAGGUAAGUUUAACUGUAGACUAA